CGAAAUGUUUAAUUUCCUGUACAAGCAACCACUCGACCUCAAUCAGCCCCCUUCUUACCCUCCGUGAAGAACAGAUCCGACCAUGUACGAGCCUUUACAAUCACCAGAUCAUAUUCGACUCCUAAAAAUCAUUCCAAGCCAGGAUGACACACGCAAUAUCGAAAUCAGCAUUAUACCAACCCCUCUGCAAACCGCUCCCCAGUACGAGGCCAUUUCAUACACCUGGGGCGAUGCUACCCAACUCGGCAGCGUGACCUGUCAGCCAGGAGGCGUACUCGUUCAAGUGACGCAAAACUGCAUAUCGAUCCUCCGCCGCCUCCGCCAGCCCCAGAAAGAACGUCUAGUCUGGAUUGACGCAAUCUGUAUCAACCAACAAAACAUCCCCGAGCGCAACGCCCAAGUCGCCGUCAUGGGUCGGAUCUACGCCUCCGCCAAUCGUGUAGUGAUCGACAUCGGGGAGUCCAGUGAAAGCGGGGAACAGGCCCUCCAUUACCUAAAAAACUGCGAAGAAACUGUCCUGUACGAAUUCGUUCUUGGUCUGAAGAUCAAAGAUACCGUUUGCAACUUGUACGAACGGCCCUGGUUCUGGAGGAUCUGGGUUUUGCAAGAGGCCUUUAUGGCGCGGGAUGCGGUGGUUAUGUGUGGGCGGACCGUUGUGCCCUGGUCCGCUUUCAGGCCGUUCAGGAUUUGGGUUGAUGCUAGACCAGCGGGGGAGACGGAGAAUUAUCAUGUGGCGCUACCUCACACCGUGCCGCAAACGUUGGUAAUUGGAAAUUGCUCACAGAGGAGCUAUAGGGCUGAAUCAGAUUUGCUGCGUUUGCUUGUGACGGGGCGAAUAUGUCGAGCGACUGAUUCAAGGGAUAAGGUAUUUGCUCUUUUGCCAAUGUUGGAACGUGUCCCGGAGGAACUUCGAGCGGAUUACUCCAAGUCAGUGACGCAGGUCUAUGUUGAGACAGCCAAGUAUAUUCUCUCAACUUCCGGAUUGAUGUUUCUUUCUUGCAUUCAGCAUCACAGCGACCAGGAUGCUUCAAACACUGCGGAACCAAGACUGCCGUCGUGGGUACCUGAUUGGAGCCAAAGAGUUAUGGAGCCCUGGAUGAUAGGUUACUACCGCACAAAGCCCACGUACUAUCCGCUUUCAGCCGGCCGUGAUAAGAAGUGUGUCGCCAAGGUCCUGUUAGGCGAGGAAGGUAGCCACCGCCUCCAAGUCCGGGGCAGAGAAGCCGAUACCAUAACGCAUACAACCGGCAAAGACAUCUACAUCAAUUCCCCAGAACACCAAAACAAGCAAGCAGUGGAUAGCUUCUUCAACGAAUUCUCAGCCUAUCGAAAGCAACUCAAUAAUCCAGCAACCCUUCCACCACCGCCCUACUGGGAGCCGCGGACCAGCGAGACACGCAUUCAUCCCCCUGAUUGGCUGGCUUACCGCGUUGGUCUUCCAAUAGAGAGGCCCAUACAGUAUACGGAUAAUGAUCUGAUUGACAAAAUCACGCACUUCCUCGGACCCCGGCAGCUCGUAUUGACGAAGCGUGGAUACUUGGGGAUCGUGCCGAAGAACGUGGAAGUGGGCGACGUGGUUUGUUGUUUUCUAGGAUCUGGCGUUCCACAUGUUCUCCGCUUGCAACAGGAAGAGAAUAAAAAGGAAAGUCUGGGAAGGACGUAUAAAUUGAUGGGCGAGGGGUAUUUUUAUGGGUUGAUGGAAGGCGAGGCGUUUUGUGGGAUCGACAUGUCAGAGGAUGCGUUAAGUGGUGGGUCCCUGGAGGACUUGCUAAUUAUUUAAGAUUGGCAUGCUAUCUAUCUGUUAAAUGCCUUGAUACUUCAUUUACUCCUGCUUACACGCAAGAAGCGUAGAAAUGACACGAAAGAGUAGGUUGUAGCUUGGACUUGGCUAGAUCAGAGUCUUACUGUGUUUUUCUCCGCGUGUUCUUGGUUCCUCACGUUGACGUCGACAAAGCCAUAUGUACUGGUGUAAAUGGAAACAGAUAUAUGGAGGCGAGGUGGUGCAGAAGCCAGCGGG